AGGAUCUACUAUAGUCCCGGGCAGCCAUGCGAACACACUAGUGCUCCCUGACAGGAGACAGGCAUCUGGAGAGGUAAGAUAUGCAUUGUUCUAUUCAUAUCAUUAGCACAACAGUAUUUAGUUGUAGUCAAUACAUAUGUUUUUCUUUUACCGUUCCCUUUCCGCUGCUGUGAAAUUGGCUGUCCAUGGUGCUGACAUUUUUUUUUUUUGUGUGGGUGAUUUUCUUGAAUUAAUGUUUCGCAAACAAAUGCAAAUAAUCACUCGGCUUGUUCUGAAUAAACACUGUAUUCCACAUUCAGUUAGUAUCCUUACGUUCAGCCACAUGCUUUGUAUUAAGUGAGGCCAGAUUUACAAUGCGUGUCUCCUGUUCUAACAAAGCAUUUGAUUGCAGGUGUUAUUGUUUGUCUUCAUCGAUUAUCCAUUAACCACACACCUGAGUCGCACGCUGAUUAUGGGUGUCUGAGAAACAUACCAUGUUACGUUGUAUGAGGAAUGCCUGAUCCUAUGAGGGACGCAUGGGAAGGGGGGUUGUAAUCAACUCAUCGUCUGUUCUAACUGUACUAAUUGCAGCAUGGGCAAUCAGGCAUAUUGCAGUUUAUUUUAAUAGCGAAGAAGUUAGUAAAGCGAAACAUUUGGGAUUUCGUAUGGUAUUGUUGCCCACUGGUCACAUGGUGUCAGUGUGGCCUAAAUGGUGGUUGUGUUGCUCAUUCUGUAGAGGCCCUGCCCAUCUCUGGAUCAUCUCUUAUCGAGGAGGUACGCAGACGGAGUACACAUCAUAGGCUAUGUAUCAAGUAAUAUGAACAGCAGUUAAUAAUAUGUAUGUGUGAAAGCUUACAUUUGAGAAUCGUGAAAUGGAUCUUAUCAGACUGGUUCGAUGAGCAAUUGGUUCACUCUAUUUUGCUAAAAGAAAGCCUUCAUUUUUUUUGCUUCACAAUGGAAGAACGAAGACAAAGGCGCCGAGUGAGCUGCUGGUGGGUUGUCGGGAUUUUGUUGCUGUGCUGUGGAGAACGGAUUUUGGCUCAGUUUAGAUACUCUGUUCCAGAGGAAGUACAAGUCGGAUCCCCAGUCGGAAAUGUUGCCAAGGAUUUAGGGCUUGACAUCAACACUUUGACGGACCGGCGGUUUCGUAUUGUUUCGGGGCCCAACCAUGCUCUGUUUCAAUUAAACCAAAACAAUGGAGUGUUGUAUAUUGGACAUAUUGUGGACCGCGAAGAGCUCUGUGAUGGAAUCAAGGUUUGUUUGAUAAACCUAAAAAUUGUUGUAGAAAGCCCACUGGAAGUACAUUACGUUGGCGUUGAAAUAAUAGAUAUUAAUGACCAUUCACCGAUUUUUCCAGAAAGUGAGCAGAAACUGGAAAUAGCAGAGCAUACUCCUCCGGGUACUCGUUUCCAAAUCCAUGCUGCUAGAGACCCUGAUAUCGGUCCACAGUCAGUUCGAUUAUAUAAGUUGAGCACAAAUGAUUUUUUCGAUAUUGAAAUAAGAGACAGCGAGGAGGACAAGAUACCAUUUUUAGUCCUGAAAAAGCCCCUAGAUAGGGAGCAAAAGUCAGAACACCAUUUAGAGUUAACGGCUCUUGAUGGGGGCAGUCCGUCGAAAUCUGGGAGCCUUAAUUUGACUAUCACUGUGCUGGAUGCAAAUGAUAACCGCCCUGUGUUCAGCAAAGACAUAUACACUGUGUCAUUAGAUGAGAAUGCCCCGAUAGGAACUCUGGUAAUACAAUUAAACGCUACAGAUUUAGACGAAGGGUCGAACAGCGAAAUUGAAUACACGUUUGGAAAAACACAGAAGAAAAAAGUCCAUGAUACAUUUGAAUUAGACAGCGUCACUGGUGAGAUUCGAGUGAAAGGAAAAGUGGACUUUGAGGACACGGAGAUUUAUAGACUGGAUCUGCAGGCAUCAGAUAAAGGCCAUCUUCCUUGGACGGCCGAAAGUAGAGUAGUGAUAAAAAUAAAAGAUGUGAAUGAUAACCAGCCAGACAUUGAGGUAACAUCAUUGUCCAACUUAGUCCUAGAAGAUUCAAAGCCUGGCACAGUAAUAUCACUUAUUAGUGUUACGGACAAAGACUCGGGCUUAAAUGGUAAAGUUAUUUGUAAAAUCUUGGAUAAUGUUCCGUUUGAUUUGACGCCAUCCAUUGAGGAAAACAUGUACUCUCUUGUCACAAAGGGGCGUUUAGACAGAGAAAUUGUGUCCAGUUAUGAUAUCACAAUAACAGCUACGGACUGUGGUGAACCUCCUCUUUCCACAAGAAAAUCCUUGAGUAUUCAGGUGUCAGAUGUAAAUGACAACAGGCCACUUUUCAGUCACAAUCCAUUUGAACUUUAUUUGGUGGAAAACAAUACCCCGGGCGCAUCAAUAUUUUCUGUAAGCGCUGCUGACAGUGAUCUGAAUGAAAAUGCUGCAAUAGCAUACCACAUUGUGAGAGGUAAUGGGCUGCAUCGUGAUAUGACAUCGUUCCUGAAUGUAAAUUCGGAAAACGGACAUAUAUCCGCACUAAAAAGUUUUGACUUUGAAACGCUGAAAACGUUCCAUUUCCAAGUUGUUGCCACAGAUUCCGGAACUCCGUCACUAAGCAGCAACGUCACAGUGAACGUGUUC